AUGUUCUCAUCACGUCUGUGUCUCUUCCUGGUAGGGUCUGUUCUUCUGGGUCAUAUUGCACAAGGGGACAUGUUUUACGAGCGGCGAAGGCCACCCAGCAAAACGAUCCACGUGCACCACUUUGAUGGCGGAUCCAGCAGCCAUAACCGCAAACAUGGACAUGGGUCAGAUGGAUCCUCGCUGAUGGAACUUCUCUUAUUAUCCACUCUUCUAGGCGGAGGAGGAGGAGGAGGCCUCUUUGGAGGAGGCCAGAACCAGGCCAUCGGUAUUCCUAUUCCAGGACCAGUGCUGAACCCAGGACUUUUAGGUCGUUAA